AUGGCGUCUCGCGGGAACAAGGAGACGGAUCUGCUCAAGCAGAAUAUGGAGGAACAGUUGGAACGGUUGAUGGUUCAGCUCAAAGAUCUCGAGGAACUCAAGUUAGCGGCGCAACCUCGAGCUGCCUGCUUCUGUUCCAAAGCCCCCCCCCCCCCCCCCAAGAUGACCGAGGGCGACAUGUCCCUCGUUGACCAGUUUGGAGCCAUGCAGCUGGCCAUUCAAGCCGCUGUGAGUGAUGCCUUCAAAACACCAGAGGUUAUUCGUCUUUUUGCCAAGCGUGAGCCGGGACAACUGCGCGAACGACUCGCCGAAAUGGAGCGCGAUGUCAAGAUUGGCAAAAUCUCAGCCCAGCAGCAGACUGAACAAAAGGUGGAAAUCUUGACAGCCUUGCGCAAGCUUGGAGAACAGAUCUCACCGGAAGAGGCGCAAUUUUUAUCAGCCAACAGCUCUGCGGCCCUGGAUGAGUUUGAACAGGUGUCCAGCAACCUGGGUUCGUUGCCGUUCCGCUAG